AUGUCCGAUAAGAAAUCCAAUCCCAAGCCCGCGGCUGCACCCUCCGCGCCAACCCCGCCCACGGGAACCGUCGCAGAGAGCAAAGAGCCCAAGAGUUUAGACGACCUGUGGAAAGAGGCGCUCGAUCGCAUCGCGGCGGAAAACAAUGUCAACCUGGAGGAACUGCAGACCCGAGGCGACCAAUGGUCCGACGCCGAGACUGGGCUGCAGAAGGCGUCCAAACUGUUCGAACAUUCGCGACGACCCGGUGACCGGAAGGACAAGGUGAUGAAGUCCGUGGCCGGGUGUCUGGACUGGGUGGACUCUGGGGUCACCUUCGUCAAGGGUCAUGUUUCCGGCACGUAUGCGGUGCCUGCGCAGCUGGUGGCUGGGUCGAUUCUGUAUAUGAUUCAGGCGGCUAAAGAUAUGUCGGAGGAUUUCGAUCUGAUUGAGUCGACUUUUGAAACGCUGAACAUCGCGCUCCAAGACAUCGGCGACCUCCGACACCGACAGUUCGACAAGUCCAACUUCCUGCGCCGAUUGACCGAUAUCCUCAUCGCCAUGGUGGACUUUUGCUCCUUCAGCGGAAGGGUUUUCAGCGAGUACAGUCGGAAGAGACUGUACAUACGGGCGCUUCUGAAAGGACGGAACAAGGAAAUCAUGGCCAAAUGCGACCACGUGCAGAAGGUCAUUCUGCUGUUCCGCGCCACAUUGCCGAUCCAGAUUCUCAACGUGGUGGAGGGCAUGGGCGAGAAGAUCGAGAACCUCCCCACUAGCUUCAUCCAGGCGCUGCAGGACAUGAAGAUCAAAUCGUCCGACCUGCAGCCCCUGUGGGGCAAGGCGAGUGCACUGGAAAAGAUCAAGGAGACCCUGAAGAACAGCAAGGACCUCGAUCCGGACACCGAAGUUCGCGUCGAGACGCAGAUGAAAUUGGUGCGGAAGCAUCUCGUGCCGGGGACCUUCUCGUGGUCCGAGACAGACCCGGCCUACAAGUCGUGGGCGACCGGCCACAAGAACCCCUUUAUCUUUGUCUCGGGAGAAGCAGGCACCGGCAAGACCUUCUUCGCCUACCACUGCUACCUGUCGAUCCAGGAGCAGAGCAAGCGGUACCGUAUCGCCAACGACAAGAAUAACCCCGACCAGCGACGAACGAUGCUGGCGGCCUACUUCCCCUUUGAACCGGGUAGACAGGAGUCGCAGUCCUUUCGGAACGUUCUCGCGUACAUCCUAGUGCAGAUUGCUGACCACGACAUCAAGCUGUGCGAGUCGAUCGCAAAGGACCUGAUCGCUUCGAAGAUCUUUAAGGGUGGACAGAAUGACAAGCAGGAAGAGAAGCUCAAGUUUCUGUGGAACAACCUUCUCGUGAAGAAAUUCGAGAAGACUCCCGACACCGCAAGAGACGUGUUCAUCCUGCUGGACGGUGUGGAGCUCAUGGAGGAAUCCGACCGCAGACGCAUGCUCGAGUUGUUUCAAACCUUGAACUCGGACAAGUGUGGCAUUCGGAUCCUCAUGACCGGAACCACGGAUGACUCGCUCUACGACACGGUGUUUGGAUUCACCAAAUGUCCUAAGAUCGACCUCAUCGCCAAGACCAAGGCCGGGGGUGACUUUGAGCGGAUCAUCGAGGCUCGCAUCAACGGAUCCGAGGUCUUGAAGUCGUUCAAGGAUUCCACUCGUAGUGCUAUUGAGCGCAAACUGCUGCAGAACCCGAGCCGAGUCAUGUCCUCUGUGGAUCUUACCUUGACCAUGAUGGAACAAUCGGAGGGAGACGAAGCAUCUGCCUUGGCUAAGAUCGAUAACGUCAACAGCCAAGAAGGCUUGUACACCGCGAUGAUUGAGAUUGUCCGCGCCAGACGAAGUGAGAUGGACCGCCGGAUCGUUGAAACGAUAUUCGCCCUAUGCACAUAUGCCAAGCAACCGUUGACUGUAUAUGAUCUACAAGAGAUUAUUGAUCAGGAGCCUAGCUUUAGUAGCUUCAAUGUAGCUGGCGAGAUUGAGGGAACAUUGUCCAGUUUGUUGUAUACGAUCAACUACCAGCCGACAGAUGCACAGACAAGCACGGUGGCGAAGGAGGGGCAGCCGGAAGGCCCCAUCACUGAGGCAGCUCGACUGGAGAAGAAGAUAAGCGAAAGCAAGCAACAGCAGGUUCUCUUCCGCCAACCUGCCUUCCGCGACUAUCUGGAACAGUCCGUGAACAACAUGAUCCCUGACCCGAUCGAGUCAAGGGUAUUUUUCUUUCUGAAGCUGGGGGGUAUUCUCUGCGACCGAGAUCCGCAAGGAGCGAACCUUCGCAAGGCCCUUCAAGAGUAUGCCGCGCAAUGGUUCUUGCAGCACCUCAAAGACAUAAGUGUAAAGCAUACCACACCGAAACAAGGAUUGCAGAUCGUCGAAGCAUUGGCACGGGUUUUGACCAAUGACAACGAUGUCUGUCGAGUCUUCGAAGAGCUCCAUCAGAAGCAGGAUGACGACAACGCGGAUGUGGAUUUCGACUUCUACGACAUGUCCACCGAUUUUGACAAGUCAGGUGGCUAUAACCUGAAGGUUCUGAUGGCGUGGGCCCGGAAGAUGAGCUUUCAUGAUGAGGAGGGAUUGUCGCCGCGCGCCAAGGCCUGGGUCGAAAAGAUCAUCAUGCAGCCGGGAAGCGUUCUCGAACAGUUGGCCCGAGGGCAUAUCGAGAGCUGGACGGAAAAGGUGACCUACAGCGAAGCCAAGAUCCCUUAUAAAUUUAUCUGUCGGGCUUUGUGGCCGACUGGAAACUUCCCAGAUGGGGACAACAACACUCACUGGUACUUUCCUUUUGUCUUGGCACCCAGGGCCAGGCAUAUCCUCGAAUAUGGCAAAGCUGAAAUGUUCACUGCCCCAGUCAAGACUGCACGCUGUCGGAUCGCCGCUGGAUUGGUGUUGCAUUCUAUAGCGGACAGCGAGGAGAAAGACCUUGCGGCCGAGUUCUACCAGACAAACUUGGAUGACAAGACCACGCCCGGACCGGAGCGAUUUUAUUCUUAUUUAGGGCUUGCGGAGUACCACCGUUCGAACCAAGACCAGGCCGAGAGUAUGGAUGAGGAGGAGAUACGGGAAGGCUGGAAGCGAGUGGUGAAGUACGCCAACCUUGCCCUAACCGCCCGUACCGAGGAGAAGGGCGCUCUUGGUUCGGAAUUGAGCGACGAGCGAUGUACCAAUGCUUUCCUCCUCAAGGCCCAUGCCUUGCAGCAACUGGGCGAAGAUGAACAGGCAAUUGAGACCUGUGAGGAAGCUCUGCGGGAGGGUCUCGAGUACACUCAGCAACUCUUGGAACUCCUCACGAGCAUCGUCAACAUCCAUGGCAAGAAGGGUGAAUGGAGCAAGGUGAUUGAUGCCGUUCGCCGCCAACAGCCGAAGAUCCGGUCUGAGUGGCUGUGGUUCCGAUCGACCGAUUUCACCAACAAGAAGGAUCUUUUCCGUCGAGCCGCUGUUGAAACUAGACGAGUCGAUUAUCUUCUCCAGACCUUCCAGGACUCCGUAGACUACUGGCAAAAAUUGGAUCCGGCGCGCGCGCAAGCUACCCAUUUCGAGCUUGCUUUUAUAUACCGACGAGACGCGCGUGCGACCAAGAUGGCAGAGCACAUACUGGACAACAUGCUUGCCAAUCUCACAGAGUCGCAAAUUGCGAUCUCGCUGAUGAGCUCCAUUUUCCCCGAGAUGGUUGACAUCCAACACGAGAACUUUACCGUGACACGAUCAACCACUGUGCGCGAGGAGUCGAUCAUGAAGCUGGAGAGACUGAUCAGUACGUACGAGCGGACUCCAAUACUGGAGUCGAUCCAGUUGGCCGAGGCCUUUCUGGUGCUAGGCAAGAUGCAUCGGGAGAUUGGGAACCUGGGGAAAGCCAGACUCCAUGCCGACCGCGCAUUCAAUAUCUGCAUUGCAGAUCUAGAGGACUCGAUUGGGUCGAACGAUGUCUAUGCAUUUCGCUUGCUGGCGAAAGUCCUCAUGUUCUUGGACUUAAAGAUGGAUGCGCAGGUCGCCUUGUCGCUUCAGAUGUCCGUGGUGGACCGGAGCUACGAUGACUAUGCUUAUGCUAAUUUCGGAUCGACUGGACAACCCGCUGAGACAGAGGUGGUUCAAGGUGACGGUGAACCAAGCGCAGAGACGGCGCACGGGGCAGAAGGCCAGCUUCCGGCUGACUCAAGUGAGACAGGAAAGGAAGCAAACGAGCCAUCUACGGACUCUGCAGAGACCAGUGCCGUUUCUGAAACCCAAGGAUCGGAUGGCAAUGAGACCUCGGCCACAUCACUUCCGUCCGAGCAAGCCGAGACCGCUGACACUGAUGCGAAGGUAUCCAGCUUGACUGUGGCGCCAAUCACACAGAAAAAUGGAGAAGCGCCCGCCGUAAACGGCCAGUCCACGUCCGAGGUACCAGGAGUCCACCGCCAUGCGACCGACCAGCCAGAGUCCACUCCAGCAGCGUCGCUCACAGAUGGCUCUUCCGCGAAACCCGCACAACCCGAUAUCCCCGACAUUUCCUCAUCUCAAGACACGAUCGAUGUCACCAAUGGGGUCACUUGCAACGGACCCUGCAUGGACCCGCCAUUCGAGAUGAAGACUUUCGGGCCGAAGGGUCCGAAGAUGUAUUUCUGUCUCGACUGUGCGACCGUGGAUUUCUGCGAAGACUGCUACCGGAAGCAGAUCGCAUUCUAUGAUGAGACCGGCGAGGGCUUUUGGUUCAAGUGCUGCUGGGCACGGCACCGGUAUCUGCCGCAGCCGAUCGAUGACUGGAUGGGGGUGAAGGAUGGGGUGAUUCGCAUUGGGAGAAAGGAGAAGUUGUGGAAGGAUUGGAUGAUGUCGGUGAGGGAUCGGUGGAAGAGGAAGAUUAUUGAAGUUUGA